UGGGCAAUCAGCUGUUGCCGCUCAGCAGCCUGGCGCAGGCGCAUCAUGACAAGGCUCUCGUAGUCUCUCUCCGACAGCACCGAGCCCUGGGGGACACAGAGGGGUCGGGGCAGCAGGGCAGAGCCCACAGAGGGCAGGGCCUAGGCAGAGCUGCAAUCUAAGAGUCAGGGAGGGCAGCGGAGACCCAGGAAGGGAAGGACCCUGGAACCCCUUUCUGGAACCCCUACUCAUCUAAGUUACUUUGCAGCAAGCAGGCCUUAGGCUCCCCUUCAGUCCCUCCUAGUCAAAGUAUCUCCUCCACAACCUCCCCUGCCCAGGCCCUUCACAUCUGCAGCCAGGUCUGGUUCUUUGCCAUGUGAAUCACUUCCCCAUGCUCUAGCCAGGCCCUCACCUCCCUUUAUUUCCUCUCAGCCCUUUAUUUGGCACUCCUGCCCUCCACCCCAUGGCUUCUGCCUCUCCUGGAUUUCCAACAAAGGCCAGUUGUCAGAGGUACAGAGAUGCACUCUGCUCUCUCCCUGUUGCCAUCUCCCCUGUGGUCUGACUCUUGCUGAGGAUGCAGGAGGGGAGCCCUGCCCUAAACACAGACUCAACCAGCUCCACCCUGGUGGAGAGAGAAACAAGCGCGGGUCCAGCUUGCCUCCUAAAACACACCAGGGCUCCUGAAGGGCAGGGCCCGUGGCUUUUUCUUUUAUAAUCUGCCAGCACGGUGCAGGGGAUUAAGGAGUGCUGUAUUAUUAAUAGUCAAAAGAAUAAUAAACAACCAGUUCAAUGGGCCAAGGCUGUGGGGUGGAGAAGCAGCUCUACCGGCAAAGCCCUAGCUGCCAACCCCAUGUCCUGAUAAGAUCUGCAGUGGGAAUUAAAUCACUUCCUCCCACAGUGCAGUUGAAGCUGUGUGAUGAUCACAGGGUCCCAAGAGUUCUUUAGAGAGGUGUGGAGCCCACCUGAGACAGCACAGAAGCGAGCCAGGCCAGGGGAUGAAUGAUGCUGUGGCCCCUCCAGGGGAGAAAGCUGGCAAGCCCCGUGCUGCAGUAUGUCAGGCUGGCACACUCCCAUGGAGCGAGUCAGGAGGAAGGGUUGGUGGUCAGUGACCCGGGGAAUAAGAAGGGAGUGGCUGGGGUUAAGAUGCCAGGACCCUGGCCAACUGGUUUGGAGUGAGGGGUGUACAGAAACAGGAAGUGCUACUCAGCUGGGAUUCCCCCUGCCUCUUCCUGACAGCUCCACUCCUCCUCCUCUGCCCAGCUGCAGCAGCUCCUGGGAGAGCUGCCCUCCCUGCCAGGCCCUGCUUGGCCCAUGGCAUCGCUGACACCGUGGCCCAGUCGUCUCCACAGAGGAGGGGCCCCACAUCAGGCCCAGUAGCCCGAGGGGCAGAACCAGGCAGCGGGGUAGGAGGCCGCAGAGCUCUGGCCCUCAGCCUGCUCUGCUCCUGCCAUGGGACCGUCUGGGUCCAGUGAGGGAGGAUGAGGACACGGGCAGCCAGGGCGGGUGUCAGGCCAAGGCGAGGGCAAGUCUCCCCUCCCUGAAUGUCCCCGCUCCAAGAAUGCUGCCCGAGCCCCAGCCCUGGGAGGAGCCAAGCACUGCAGGGGCCCGGGGAGCAGCCCCGUUAACACGCCCUCUGGCUCCUCCCCCUGAUACCCGCCGGCUCUGCUAACGAGGGCCCGUCACCGGGCUAGGGGGCUGAGUCACCCGCAGCAGAGACCGGUCUCUCUUCCUUCCCCAACAAUUGUUCCAUACGCCUGCCUUUCAAUUAACUCCCUCUCUCCCAGAGCAGCGCCUCCCUUCCCACCCACCCUGCACCCUGCACCCGGGCUGGGGAGCCAGGCCCAUCGCGGCCACGGUGAUGGGGGCAGCGACGAGAAGGGGAGCAAUGCAGGGACACAUAAAGCAGGGCUGCCCCCAGGUGAGUCCCCAGAGGAAUCUGACACUCCCCAUGGCCCCGAGGUGUUGGCCACGGCUGCCCCAGUCCCUGCACGCGGAUGCUGCAAUUACCUCAGAGCGUGAAACCCGGCUUCCUACCUGACUGAGUCAGCUGAAAACAAAAACACAGCGCCACCGCCACACACCAGCACAAACAGCCAAGCCACUAAUCAGAGUCCAGGAGCUGCCGGCAGAGAGAGCCGGGCCCUACGCUGCCCUAGAGACGGGCGCAGGGGCCGAGGGAACCGCCGGCGAGGGGGAGCUCGGGCCGUCCGUCCCUGCCUGCCCGCCCAGGCCCCGGGUGCUGGGGAAGGACGCCCUGCACCGGCUGCCCGUGCCCAGCCCAGGGAGAUUCAUCCCUGACACCACCACUGCUGCCCGGACUCCAGCCCCAGGACCAAAUGGUCACUAGCUGCUCCUGACCAUCUGCCCAGCUCCUGAGAGCCCACGCUUGUCUGCUGGCCCCCCGAGAUCCAUGGAGACCUGGCGGAAAGGCUCCUUCCGCAAUGCCUCCUUCUUCAAGCGGCUGAGCCUGGGGCGGCCCCAGCGGCUCCGGCGCCAGGGCAGCGUGCUGGGCCAGGCCAGCACGGCCGGUGGUGACCACGAGGAGUACAGCAACCGAGAGGUCAUCCGGGAGCUGCAAGGGAGGCCAGAUGGCCGGCGCCUGCCACUGUGGGGGGACGAGCAGCCCCGGGCCACCCUGCUGGCCCCACCUAAGCCCCCACGCCUCUACCGAGAGAGCUCCAGCUGCCCCAACAUCCUGGAGCCCCCACCUGCCUACACUGCUGCCUACUCGGCGACUUUGCCCACAGCGCUCUCCGUGGCAGGGGCCCUCCACCAGUACUCAGAGGAGGAUGAGCUUUUGGACACUCCCCCCUUCCAGAGGACACCUGCUCCGGAGCUCAAUGACCCCUUCUUCUCCUUCAAAGUGGACCUGGGGAUUUCACUUCUUGAGGAAGUUCUACAGAUACUGAGGGAGCAGUUUCCCAGUGAGCCCCGCUUCUGAAUGGGGUGAGAGGUGGGGUGACUAGAACAGCUAGAAGCCUGGGGACUCAGUACACUGAUGGACUGAGGAGGAGGUGGGACAGCAACCCUGGGCUGUGCCUGCCCUCUGGGUCCUCAACACUCCUCCGAGUCACCCCAGAGUGGAAGGACAGGUGCAGAGGCAAGCUGGAAAUAUGGUGAGGGGCACUUCCUGCAGGAACACUGAAGGAAGCUGGGCUGGCCGGGACAGGGAGGCCACACCCCACACCACCAGCCCCUGCAGAGAGCCCACGGAGUGGGAGGACACGACUGGGCAGAACAGAAAUGGGGCUGCUCCAGCCCCUCUGAAGCCACUGUCAACAAAGGUCACAGGACAAGGCUGGGCCAGAGUGUUCCAACCCAGGCCAAAGAGGGAAGUGGGGAGAUCU